AUGCCUCCCGUUUGGGGUACCCAGAUUGUUCGCCCGGCAAUCCGUCACUUCUCAGCGAACCGCCCGCGUCCUGACAGUCGCCUUUCUCGCGCUAUUGCGAUGACUUGCAUCGCCUCGGGCGUUAUCCUGCCUUUUAUCCCGCCUGCCAUUGAAAGCUCGCGUAUCCGCAAGUCUGGUGAACGCAGCAAGAAGUAA